AGCCAGAGACACAGAGCAGAGUUGAGUGUUGGAGAAAUACGCAGCAAGAUGGUGGCAGUCAGUACUGUGAAGAUGGCGGAUGGGAAAGUCUCCUGUGAGACUCCCAAGGGAACAGUCAUAAAUAUCAACAUUAACCAGCGGUCCUGCAUGGACUGCCUGCUGGAUGCCAUCAAAAAUGUCAGACUGGUGAAAAAAGAUGGACAAUGCAACCAGCCAGCUAGAGAGCCUGCCUCCGGAGUAUAUCUAGGGGUUGGGGUCUCUUUUAUGACCUUGGGUUUCGUCAGUGUAAUGUUAGCUAUCGUUUUUGCUGCGGUUCGUCCACAACUUGAGCUCAACUAUGUUGGGACACACUUCUGGGUAGGAUUUCCGUUCCUUGUUGCUGGAGCACUGAAUGUUUUGGCUUACAAAUAUCCCAAUGCAUUAUGGAUGGUCCUUUCCUUCAUUUUUCUAUUGGGCUGCUUGGCAGUGUCUAUCGCUGGCUUAGUCUUUGCUGCCAUUGACAUCCAAAGCUUCUCCUGGAGGAGCAUGGCUGAUCUGUGUGAUGACCUUCGCCGAAAACAAAAUCGCUAUUACUACGCAACUACGCCUCCAUACUACAGAGACAACAGCUAUGACACUGACUGGAAUUUGCAGAGAUGCAAGAAUGGAUUUCAAGAAUACAAGAACUUGCUGUUGGGCUUGGUCAUUAUGUCCUUGCUGAUGAUGAUCUGGGGCAUCUGUGUUUCCACUAUAACUCUGAUCUACAGACUGAAGAUGUUUUUCAGAGCCUGCAAAUGUGAGAAAGUUGAAGAGAAUGAUGAUCCUCUGCUGUCACCAAACCUGACCCCAGACAUUAUUAUUGCUUAAAGAGGAUCUACAUUUUACACAGGCUUAUUUCAGCUUCCUAAAGUUACAAAAUGCAAAGAAAAUAUUCAAAAUCCUGUACUGAGAGAAAUGGGCAAGCUGUCAUUACUGGCCAUCUUUCAGUAAUGCUAGUUGCCUGGCUGUUUUUGGCUUUUGGAACAAUCGAGUCAGAAAAAUCAGAGUGAAUUCAAGACCCCUAAUCGGCAUCUUUGUCCUGGAACAUUGAAAAAAAUAGAAGCCACUGGAUCAGCAUGACAGCCAGGGAACAAGUACAUCUCAGUUAUGUUUUCCUUUUUAAAGUGGUCUUAAAUAGAACCUGUCACCUUUCCCAUUCUAUUUUUGCUAGCCAGACUUUCCACCCCUGAGCCACAUCUUAGCACAUUCCCUUCUUUCUAUGUUCCUCCAUUGGAAAUAAUCUUUGCUUCUAGGUAUGGGACAGCAUUUGACCUUUCAUUCCUCCUAGGAUGCAGAGUUUGUGCUUGAGUGGCUAAUCAUUGGUCCGGGACACACUUCACAUAAUUGGGGAGCUGGUCCUGAAUGGGAACUAUGACAGAUUCUCCUUAAUAGACUGCGGCUCGUGUAGGGCAACAAUUCCCCUGUUUUUAUCUUUUGUGAUUCAGUAGCACAGACAUUAGCCUUGUGUCCACUUUGAAUGAUAGUUUUUACUCUGCUCAGCAUUCUUUUGCAGAUUCACAAAUUAUCUUUGACUUAAUAUGAUUUUACAGAAUGUAAUGUUCACAAACUUUAAAAUCUGACGUUUUUCCUUUUUUUCCUAUGUAAACAUGAUUAUCUUUCAGUAAUAUUUUCUGUGAUGUAACCUUGGUAUCUUGCCACUGUCACAAUAAAGAAAUCUAUAGUUA